GGCUACAAAAAUGGCUACGGAUGAAAAACUGUUCUUCCAAAAAACUGUGCACCACCUGGCAAGGUCUUUGGCUGCCGUUAAAGACUCUACUUGGGAUAGUAUAAACACUCUAUUUUCUCUAUGUCCCCAAGAGAAUGCCCAAGGUGUGUUUAGACUUGAUCAAAGAUCCCUAGAUGCAACAAUAGCUUUAGGGAUCUAUUUCCUACAGUCGGAUCUGCAACACUUUGACAAGAUUCUGCCCUAUUUGAUUCGCUUAUUAAAAGGUUUACCUAAGGCUGUCUGGUCAGAUGAUGUUCAGCUUAGCCCCACUGAUCGAAUUCCUGUUGCAGAAAAGUUUAGUUUUUGUUUGAACACUUUGCUCUCUGACGUGGCUGUGAAAAAAGAAGCCAACAGGGAAGAAAUUAUUAGCAUUCAAGUUGGUUUUCUGGGAGAUCUCACUAACAUAAUUCGAAGCAUUUAUAAGGAGGAAGAAAAGAAUCGUAAUAGGAAUAAACUCACUCUGUGCAAAAUCACUGUACCAAUUUUAAUUGGACUUGCUCGUUCCAUGGGAAGGUUCGCUACAAGUGGUCCUCCUCUUCUGUGUCGAUUGUUUCCUAAACCUGAAAGACCAAAAUUAGUCACACCUGCCCCAACAAAUGAUUCCCAAGUAGCUAAAAAGAAAAGUUUCUCUAAUUUCAGAUCAAUAAUUCCAAGGUCACUUUCUGGUAAUUUGAAUUUGACAACUCUAGAUAUCUUAACAUUAAGUUGCUUAGAUCCUACUGCUGACAUGAGUACAUUGGGGCGGAAUGAACAGAGGUUGCAAUUGGUGAGCUACGACCCAACAAUUCACUUCUUUUGUAAGUACGGAUCUAGUUUUAAUCAGUUUCCACACAUGCGGAUAUGUGAUCCAUUUGAAAGGCGAGCCAAUAACUUAAAGUUUGUCAUUGCUCAUUUAAAAAGUGUUUUAUAUUGUGCAAAAAAGCUCUUAACCUCAGACAUGCUUGAAUAUCUGGAUUCACAAGCUGCUGAUAUACAUGAAUCAGGCCAAUUUAGAAUCUUUCCUUACAGAAGUUUUAGUGAAACUUUGAAUUUGGUCAUGGUCACUCUUUUACGAGAAUUGCUCCAAUAUCAGUUUGAUCUACCAUCACCAUUCACUAAAGAUGUUCAAGAGUUUGUGAAGGGCCUUUUCCUGUCUGGACAGACUGAAUUACAACCUAGACAUCACUAUGCAAGCGAACGUGAAGAUAAAGAAAUGAAUUUUACAACAGUGAAUAAGUUCAAGGUCAACGUAAUGGCUAAUUCUGCCUGUGUUGAUCUGUUAGUUUGGUCUAUUGGAGAUGAAGGAGGAGCUGAUAGUUUAUGUGGAAGAUUGGCAGAAAAGAUUAACUCCAGCCAUAACUUGAAGCUUGUUCUUGCACACAUGCCCCUGUUGAUGGUUUGUCUUGAAGGGCUGGGAAAAUUAGCAGAAAAAUUCCCAACAAUCGCAAACACAUCUAUUCAUUGCCUCAGAGAUUUUCUGGUCACGCCAUCACCAAUUCUUGCCAAGUUGUAUCGUCUGCAUUCAGACAAAGCUAAUGUAAAUGAUAUUUCUGUGGUAAUGCAAGGGAAUGAACUAAAAGCUGUCCAAGAAAGACCGAUCCAGUCUCAAACACCCUUUGAGAAACUUAGAGAUGCAGCAAUAGAAAAUCUUUGUAUAGCUCUUAGAGCCUCAUACAGUGUUGACGCAUACUGUAUUCCAGCACUUGUGGCAUCACUUUCAAACAGGCUUUUCACUGCUGAAAAAUCAGAUGAAUCAUCACUCAUACCCAUGAAUACAAUUGUAAUGCUUGGACAUAUUGCUAUUUCACUUAAAGAUACACCGAAGACAACUGAUACGAUUUUACAGUUCUUUCAACAGCGGUUUUGCAGAGUUCCCUCAGCUGUUGAUGUUCUCAUUGUUGAUCAACUUGGAUGUAUGAUAAUAUCCAAGUGCGAAACCAAUGUGUAUGAGGAAAUAAUGAGAAUGUUUGUAACAAUAACAGUAGAAGCAAGCAAUGCUGCGUACAGCAAUGAUAGAACUAAUCAAUACCGCCAUGUCUCUGCCGCUGUUAUUAAUGCACUGGCAAAUAUUGCUGCAAACCUGCAGGGUGAAACUGAAAUGAACGAACUAUUAGUUCGCCUGCUUGAAUUAUUUGUUCAACUCGGAUUAGAAGGAAAGAGAGCAUCUGAAAAAGCACCAGCUUCAAACAAGGCUUCAAGCAGUGCAGGAAACUUAGGUAUGUUGAUACCAGUUAUUGCAGUAUUAGUGCGACGUUUACCGAUGAUUCGUCAGCCUAAGCCAAGGCUUCAUAAACUGUUUAAAGAUUUUUGGCUGUAUUGUGUCGUGAUGGGGUUCAUAACAGAUUCAGGUUUGUGGCCGGCCGAAUGGUAUGAAGGAGUAAAGCAGAUUGCAGUCAAGUCACCAUACCUCGUAUCUCAAACAUCAUCAAGAUCAGAAAUGAGGGAACUGCAGUAUACAUCGGCUGUGAGAAAUGAUAGUGUUUCCAUUAAUCAGUUGCAAGAAUUCAAAGCUCAAAUUUUGGUAUUGUUAGAAAACCCUGCAGAAAUUUCAGCAUUGGUGAACAAACUCAACUUUGCCCAAUGUACUUAUUUGCUCUCAGUGUACUGGCUUGAAACUCUACGUGUAGAAAAUUCAACAGUACCAAGCAUACAUCCAAUACUGGAGUAUCUCAAUGAUGCAACAAUACAGAAAGAUAAAUCUGGUAUGUGGCAGUGUGUUGCUUGUGUGGGGGACAAAGUAUUCAAUAAAUUCUUAAAUGUUAUGUCAUGUAAACCAAAAGAUGAAAGCAGAGAAAAAGAACUGGAAUCACAUGCUCAAUUCAUGUUAAUAAAUUUCAACCAUAUUCAUAAACAAAUAAGACGGGUUGCUGACAAGUAUUUGUCAAGUCUUGUUGAUAGAUUCCCUCAUUUGUUGUGGAAUUGCAGAGUAUUGUGGAGUAUGUUGGAUAUUCUACAGGUACUGUCAUAUUCAUUGGAAUUAGAUCCUAAUGAGGAAACACCAAUGCUUAGAGUUCCCAGUACUCCGUACAGCAUUCCCUUGAUGGAUACUCUAGAAGCACGUGAGAGUAUUGUUAAUGACUUUGCUGCUCGCUGUUUAGGGAUUGUUCAAGAAGCAAUGAAAUGGGCUCCUCAAGCAACAAGGUCACAUUUGCAGGAAUACUUAAACCAAAUCCCUCACUCUGGCCAGUGGCAUCAUUCAGGGCUAGCUCUAGCAACAGAAAGUAUUCUUAUGUCCAAAGGUUUGAAUCUCCAAUCAGCUCCUCUCUCCACAAGCACCCUUGAAAAAAGACCUCGGUGUGUAAAAAGUGACUCUUCCAGAUUUGUCUCCUCUCUCAGUCUCCGAAGCAGGUUUUCUGGUCAAGUUGCUGGCAUGCUACAAACUGGUGUACCAAGAGAUAAGAUCAUAGAGAAGAUUAUCAAAGAUGUUUGGGAUGCAUGUCAUGAAGAAUCAAAUGCUCAGCAUCACAGUGCUCUUUGGCGUGCUACUGCCCUGCUAAUAUCGUCAGAAGAUGCACCUCGAAAUCUAUUAAAUGUUGUUGCUUGUUCUCAGCUAGAAUUGUUUACAGAAAGAGCAAUGAUAACGGCAACGGAAUGUUGGCAGUGGCUCAUCACUGCAAGACCAGACCUGGAGUUACAAUUUCUUCAAGAAAUGUUUUCAGCAUGGCAGUGUUCAGUGGAUAAACAGUUGGGUUUGUUCUCAAAAGAAGAAGAAGAAGUGAGCCCUCUCGCUGCUUAUGAAGGAUGUGUUCUUGAACCUCUUCCUCCAUUUGUCAAGCCUCAUGAUAUUUGGAUUCAAUUCAUUGUUGAGCUUGUUGAGACUGCAAAAUACAACAACCAAGAUAAAGUUGACAUGUUGGCUAAUCUAUUGCAAUAUUCAUUGUUCAUGAUAGUUGGAGGUACUGAACAACCAAGACAAAAUAGACAUAUUGCAGCUGUGGGAGCAAGAUUUAGAUUAUUGUUAUGUGGUCUGUCAUUACUGCAAGGAGACGUCCUCUCAAGAUCUCUGGCUAAAAAUGUUUUGCGUGAACGCAUCUACUGCACAUGCCUAGACUAUUUUUGUGGUCCUAAACUCUGUCCUUCUCAAAGAGGAACAGAUUUACGAGAUGACAUCCAUGUUCUUCUAAAGUUCUGGCAGACAAUGCAUUCAGACAAAAAGUACUUGAUGGCAAGUGUAAUAGGAGAUUUUGAUGUAUCAGGAUCAGUUGCUGACCAAAAUCUCACAGGAGGUGAUGCAAAAUCUCAAAGUGGAAUUGUAUCCUCUAAUGACUUUCCUCGUCCUCAAACAGCCACAGGGUGGAUUAACACAGUUCCCCUCUCAUCUUCUACAAAUACCUUGACAAAGAGGUCUAAUCGGUCCAAACGGCAAGUGAAUAGUGGCGAUUUAUUUGUGAAGGACUAUAUCAAAAAAAGAAACCUUAUUUUAGAUCUCCUUGCCGUGGAAAUUGAGUUCUUACUAAUAUGGCAUAACCCUACAUCAAGACCUGAUCUAAACUUUCCUGGAGAAGAUACUAUUGCUGCCUGGAAAUCCAAAACUGUAUCUGAACGCACUCUCAGGGACACAGCUCGGUUAGCAUGGGACAUAAGCCCAGUGUUAGCAGUAUUCUUACCUGAUAGAUUGAAAAAUGCAGAUAGUAUAGUGAAAGAAGUUUCCAGGCUAGUUCGUUUACACCCAACAUCAGUUUGUCACAUCCCUCAAGCUCUAAAGUUUCUUGUUACAACAGACACAUUAUUAAAUGAUGCACAAGAACUUGUUCACAUGUUGUCUUGGGCUAGAGUCACACCCAUUCAAGCCCUUGCUUACUUUUCCAGACAAUACCCACCACAUCCCAUCUCAGCUCAGUACGCCAUCCGAGUAUUGAUGAGUUAUCCUGCCGAUGCAGUUCUAUUCUACAUUCCACAAUUAGUUCAGUCUCUUCGUCAUGAUACAAUGGGGUAUGUAACUGAAUUCAUCAAGUACAUUUCCAAGAAAUCACAAGUUGUCUGUCACCAGCUGAUUUGGAACAUGAAAACAAACAUGUAUAUUGAUGAAGAGAUGCAUCAAAAAGAUGCCACAUUGUUUGAUACAUUGGAAGCUUUGACGAAAACAAUUAUAGGGUCCUUAUCAGGACCUGCAAAACAGUUUUAUGAGAGGGAGUUUGAGUUUUUCAGUCAGAUUACAAACAUAUCCGGAGAAAUUCGUCCUUUUCCUAAAGGGCCUGAAAGGAAAAGAGCUUGCUUAGAAGCGUUGAGUAAAAUUGAAGUUCAACCAGGAUGUUAUUUGCCCUCAAAUCCAGAAGCAAUGGUGAUAGAUAUCGACUACAAAAGUGGGACACCUAUGCAGAGUGCAGCAAAGGCCCCUUAUUUGGCUAGGUUCAGAGUUCGCCACUGUGGCAUCAAUGAGCUGGAAACUAUUGCACUGUCAAUUUCAGAAGGAACAUUAAAACUGGAUGACAAUUUGAACUCUGGUAUGGGUCCAGAAAUGUGGCAAGCUGCCAUAUUUAAGGUCGGUGAUGAUGUUAGGCAGGAUAUGUUGGCUUUACAAGUUAUCGGAAUAUUCAAAAAUGUAUUCCAACAAGUUGGAUUGGAACUGUACUUGUUUCCGUACAGAGUAGUUGCAACUGCUCCGGGGUGUGGUGUUAUAGAGUGUGUUCCAGAUGCGAAAUCAAGAGAUCAGCUUGGAAGGCAAACGGAUAUAGGCAUGUAUGAAUAUUUCAUUAAAACGUACGGAGAUGAAACCACUAAGGAAUUUCAAAAUGCACGUCGUAACUUUGUGAGGUCAAUGGCUGCUUAUAGUGUUAUCGGUUUCCUCUUGCAAAUCAAAGACAGGCACAAUGGAAAUAUAAUGCUAGACAUAAAUGGACAUAUUAUCCAUAUAGAUUUUGGGUUUAUGUUUGAGAGCUCUCCAGGAGGUAAUCUAGGAUUUGAACCUGACAUCAAGCUGACAGAUGAGAUGGUGAUGGUGAUGGGUGGGAAGACGGAAGCUGCUCCAUUCCGGUGGUUCACUGAACUAUGUGUCCAAGCGUACUUAGCCGUCAGACCUUACCAGGAAGCCAUCAUUUCCCUAGUGUCUCUUAUGCUUGAUACAGGCCUUCCAUGCUUUCGAGGACAGACCAUCAAACUCCUUAGAGCACGAUUUGCUCCUCAAGCCAGUGAAAAAGAAGCUGCUGCUUACAUGAUAUCAGUAAUUCGUAACUCUUUCUUAAAUUUCAGAACACGUACUUACGAUAUGAUCCAGUAUUAUCAAAAUCAAAUACCAUACUAAUUACAUGUAGCUUAUGAGUGCUUUAAUCAGAAAGAAGUAAAUAUUUUUUAUUUAGAUCUCUUUGAUAAUCAACUUGUAUUAACAGAAUGUGUAUCCUCAGUAAUUUGUCCUCAUAUAGACCUUAGUUUCGUGUGAUUUGUAUAUGUUUACUCUUUAAAAUAUAUAAUCUGUUUAAGUUCACAAAAUAUGUUAACAGUGAUAAAUAUAAAUAAUAUUGCAAAAUUAUUUAUCUUUAAUCUUGAAUGUUAUUACACACCAAGUAAAAAGAUUGUUAUUAUACCUAAUAAUACUUUUUGCAAUCACGUACAUAGUGGAAACAUGUGGCUGCAACGUAAUUGUUUUAAAAUUUUUAUUCAUAUAUAAUUUAACAUUGUUUGCUUUUUAAAUAGGAAUAGUUGUGCUUCAUGAUAGUCUAGAAAACAAUAUUGUCAAUAUUCAUAAUACUGUAUAUCAAAGCAUUCACAUAACUUCAGCAUUCUCAAUCAAAGUGUAAUAUUCUGAAUGAGUGAUCCAACUUACUGUUAAUAAUAUAUUGUAGAAAAAAGCUAACUAAUAUAAAUUAGCUUAUCAUUCUAUAUUUUGUUGUAUUGUAAUAUACUAAGAGUCUUUUCCAUACUUAGCAAUGUAAUGUUUAUCAGUAAAUGAAUUUUAAAUUCAUGACCAGUUCUUCCAACCCUUAAAAAUGUGCAGAUCAUAUUAUAAAAAAAUACUCUCCUAUUAAUAGUUUUCAUUUUUAAUAAAUUCAUGGCUUGAUAUAAUGUUAUUGAAUGUAUUUUAAUUAAAAAUUAUGUGAAAUCAAUACUAAAAUAUUUUCUGUGGUAAAAUAAAGAAUGUGUUGCAAGUAUUUUUUCCUUGUUUGAUUGUUAGCAUGAUUUCAUUUACUUACAGUUUUGUAUGUGGUCAAUUAUUUCAAAACUUCAUUUUAAGUGACACAAUCUGAAUGUAUGACUAUUCCUUGUCACCUUAUAUUAAUUACUUUUAAUUUUUUAUAUUGUAUAUUAUGUUACUCAUACCAUGUUUUUUUUUUAUUUCAGUACUAUACAAUUAAAAAAAUUAUUUUAUAAAAAUGGGUUAGUUAAUAAUUACAAAUAUGUUUGGUUUUGUUAUUACUAGUUGAUAAACUAAAUUAUCUUAAUGCUUCUUGCCAUUAUUAAUUAAUUUUAUCAUAAUUAAGUAUGUAUUACAAUGAUUGUAUAUUGAGUUUGAGUUCAUUAUUAAGGUAUUAUUUGUUCAUAUCAGUUAUAUGUAAAAAUGUGGGUCUAUUCCAUCUGUAUUUUUAUGUACAAUAAUUAAAUAAUUAUAUUGAUUGAUGUUAAA